GAGUACAAUAUCCCAGUCCAAGAGUAGUGCAUUAAAAAGCGUUAGAUCACCUCUUUCCUGCAUUCGUUUCCACGCUUGGCUGCCUCUGCCAGUGUGUGAUUUUUGUUCCUCUUUCUUAAUAAAUAGAACGGACCUACGAAAAACAGGUUAUAAUUACGUCACUGCUGGCGGUAGCCUUAAAAACCUAGCUGUGGGACAUUCACGGAAGGCAGUUUCGGUCUCGGGACUUUCGUAGUGUGUGGAAGGCGCACGAAGGGUUCGGAACGCGGCUCGCGGGACCUUCGCGCACAGGAGAGCUUUAGAAACAAAGUAGGUCCCUCUCGGCGCCUGUAGUCUGAAUCCGCUCAGCGGUCUCAGCCCAGUGAACUGAGUCUCCGCCUUCGAGAGCCAGAAUUUCUGCUCACAUGCUGCGGGAGAUCUCCAGGUCCUACACGACCACCACCACCAUCUCAGCGCCUCCCUCUGGCGGCCUGCAGAAUGGAGAGAAGGUGGAGAAAAUGGCCCUCUACUCAGAAGAAGACAUUCGUCCUGAAAUGAAAGAUGACUUUCGCGACCCCAACUAUGAGGAUGAGGAGGGUCCUGUGCCCAAGCUGGAGUUUGUCUGGAGAAACGUCAUUCUGAUGGCUCUGCUGCACGUGUCAGCCCUGUAUGGGUUAACACUAGUUCCCACCUGCAAGUUCUAUACCUGGCUGUGGGCCGCCCUGUACUAUAUAGUGAGCGGACUGGGCAUCACAGCAGGAGCUCAUCGCCUAUGGAGCCACCGAACUUAUAAAGCGCGGCUGCCCCUGAAGAUCUUCUUGAUCAUUGCCAACACAAUGGCAUUCCAGAAUGAUGUGUAUGAAUGGGCCCGAGACCAUCGUGCCCACCACAAGUUCUCAGAAACACAUGCUGACCCUCACAAUUCCAGACGUGGCUUUUUCUUCUCUCACGUGGGUUGGCUGCUUGUGCGCAAACACCCAGCCGUCAAAGAGAAGGGCAAGUUGCUCGACAUGUCUGAUCUAAAAGCUGAGAAACUGGUGAUGUUCCAGAGGAGGUAUUAUAUACCCGGUCUCCUGUUGCUGUGCUUCAUCCUGCCCACAGUGGUCCCCUGGUAUUUCUGGGGUGAGAGUUUUCUACACAGCUUGUAUGUUGCCACCUUACUGAGAUACACCCUAGUGCUCAAUGCCACCUGGCUGGUGAACAGUGCUGCCCACCUCUAUGGAUAUCGCCCAUAUGACAAGAACAUCAACUCUCGGGAGAAUCUUCUGGUUUCAGUAGGAGCUGUAGGUGAGGGCUUCCACAACUAUCACCACUCCUUCCCCUAUGACUACUCUGCCAGUGAGUACCGCUGGCACAUCAACUUAACCACAUUCUUCAUUGAUUGCAUGGCUGCUCUUGGUCUGGCUUAUGACCGGAAGAGAGCAUCCAAGGCUGCUGUCUUGGCCAAGAUUAAAAGAACUGGAGAUGGAAGCUACAAGAGUGGUUGAGUUUUGAAUAAUCCAGGUUCUUCUUCCAAAAGUCAGCUGGGUACUUGUUUAAUGUUUCGUUAAUUAACUACUGAGUAAUGCUUCCUAGGUGGUAUAGGUGAUGACCUUAAUCCAUUCCAGCACAGUAUUCUUGUAAAAUGUACAAGCAUUGAAAGGCUAUAACUACUUUAUGCUACUUAGCUGAUAGACUUUUCUUCUCUUCCAUUCCCAAUUUCCUUUUUGUUGCUUAGUCUCUAUUACCUUCCUUUCUGUUUACUCUCACGGCCUCCCAUGGUCAGCCAUAAAUUGGUAUCCACCUUCCAAACCCUGGCAACCUUUCUAGAGUCUAAAAGUGAAGCCCUUUGCUCUAGAUAACUCUUCUUCCUUGACCUCUCCUGAACUUCAAGAUAUUCAACAAAGUUUGCUGCAAAGUUCCUAUUUACUGUUAUCAGCCCAUUCAUUGCUAGAUGAAACAGAAAAUAACUUUGAGAUGGAGUUUGCAAAAUUGGUAAAUCAUUAUGCAAAAUGGUAUGCAUGAUAAUAAGUAAAGUUGGGAGUUGAGCUAGGAAACUGGGCAAGGGUAAUCUCUUGCUGUAGUCAGUUCAAGGUUGCUUGAUUAGCAAGACAUGGAGUUUCUUCUCACAUCUUUCUUCCUUUCCCUCUGACUCUGAGUAGAGCAUGGCUAUUGAGCCUGCUGAUCCUAGAAUACAAUAGCAUAUCUCAGUGUCUUCAUAUAGGACACUGAUAACAAAGGAGAAGCAUUUACUAAGCAGGAAAAGUAGUUUUUGCUGGGGAAGGAUGUUUUUCUUUAGUAAAAAGGAGAUUUCUUAUUUCAUAGAAUAAGAAGUUUUUAGGUGAAGGGUGUCCAGAAUUAGUGUACAGGAGCUCAUGGAGUUUUGAGGAUUCUGUGAAUUGCUUAUCCAAUGCUGUCAUCUUUCUUCUGUGCCAUCCACAGGAUAUUUGUCACUCCACUUAUAGUAAGAGGAGGUACAUCUAACUAUGGAAAGAUUUUAGGAGGUGAAUUUGGAAGUUAAAUAUACAUACAUAUAUAAUUUUCAUGAAACUAUUUACAUUGCUCCCCUCUGAAAAAGAAAUGUUAAAGAAACAUGAAGGUGAGGAGGAAUUCCUCAUCUGGGGUAACUAUUUCUCCCAGUGCUGGGCAGGAAAUGGACAAAUUGAGGGGUAACAUCUAUAGCCAAUCCCAUGGGAGCUUUCCAAAAUGAGGGCUCUGAGAACAUAUUGCAGUGGGAUUCAGAAGUUACUGAGUAAGCUAUUGGGUCUUCUAGUGAAAUGAGUUAGAGGAUAGAUCCUUUCAAUCCAGUUUCUCCUUGGAUUGAGUAGAAACUAGGCUUCUUCCUACAGUGUCAUGACCUUUCCCUCAUUUUUUGCUUUCUCACAUCCAGCCUACAUGCAGGACUGCCUGAGUGAUGGGGUAGGAAUCUUUAACCAACCUGAUUCGUGAUUCCUGGCUCUAUCCCAUCUGUCCCUGUUCUCUUUAUUGGUUCUCUCUGUUCCCUGAUAUUUUCUUUUUGCUCUGGACAGGCAGCUUCCUGUUUGUAUCCAAGGCAGUGAGGACUUGAUGUCCAGGCAGCUCCCUCUCCUACAGUCAAAAUGCUAAUUGUCUCCGAACUGCCAAGUCCCGUUAGCAAUGGCCUGACUAUCCCUUUAUGUGGUUUCCACAUCUUCUAUACUUCCAUACCUGGGGUCACUGGCACAUUGAUAUCUUGACAAAUUUGGCAAACCCUCUAGAGAAACCUUGAGCUCGAAGAGACUCUUGUCUUUCACGAGUUAUGGCCAAGCCAAAUAUUGUGCCAAUGAACCAACCACAGAAAAAUGCAGGUUUAUCAUCAGUUUCUCUGCCUGGGUCAGAACAGAGAGCAUGUUCAGUGUUGCUUUGUGUUUAGUAAAGCUAUUCGGGCAAAUCAAUGCUCCCAGAUGACAGUGCAAUGACGAAGAUGAAGAGGGAGAAACCUAAUCCUUUAGGAAGCAUAAGAAGCAGAGGCUAAUUCCCAAGUGCCUCACAUUAAAAAGAGGCCACUAUCCCAAACAAAAUGUGGCAUCUUAUGCCACAUAAUCCAUGAUAGUCAGUAGGAAAAAGGAAGCUGGGAAAAUACAGUACAUUAGUGAUUAGUAUUUUGAAGAUCAUAGGCCUCUCUUGUCCCUUUAACUCAGGCAUCAAUGCAGAAGCCCGUCUCUGCUCUAUCAGGGUUGGCAGUGUUCAAUACCAAAUCUAUGUCUACUAUUGAGCCUCAGUGGUUGGGGAGCAGGGCCUUCCUUCCUGUGUUAAUUGAAUAGAGAUUCUAGGGACCAUCCUGCAUGAGGGCAGCCUUGUCUUUGAGCUGUUCAGAAAAGAAUCUCUGGGAAGAUCACUGUAGAUGAGAUCUGCUAUCCUGGGUGCCUACCCCUUUCAAAUGCCUGUUGCAUAAGUGUUAAUUCCAUAGGUCAUCAGAUGCCUGCUUUAUAAUCCAUGAAAAAUAAAUUUAACUUUCUCUUCUUAUUGAAUCCUAUUCCAUUCAUUUCCCGAUAAGAAGCCUAGCCACAGACCUUAAGCUGCAGGCCCCAGGGAAUACACUGAUCUGAACAUAAAGGUUUGUCAGGUCAAUAAGAAACGCACCAUUCAAGAUUCUAAAGCUUAAUUCAAGUGACAUUAA